GACUUCUAGGAAGUUUAACCCAAGAUGUCGGGGAAUGUUUUGCGCGAUGAGCCGCUGCUAUGGUUUUGCCCGAAAUGACUUGCUUGUCGCGGCGAGAUUAUUCAAAAUUUCGGCCUAAAUCUAAAUCCACGAGUGUUGUAACGCGAUAAUAAUUAAAACACGUCAAAAUCGAUGUGAAUCCCGUAGAGCAGGAUUCUUCUUUCGGAGUAUUGUUCCGUGAGGAAACACAAAAAAAUACACAAGAGAAUUGAAAAGAAAACAAAAAAAACAUUUAAGAGGGAUACAAACGAGAAGAUAGUGAAAAAAAUCAAGUGUUUGGUAUCAGAAUUUAACAAGGGGGUUUGAGAGACAAAAAAUAUUACAAGCUGUGUAAAAGAGUGCAGAGAAAUCACGUACUAUCGUGGCGAUUCGCUUCAACCAACAUCAAAACAACGUUACGAGAAUAAUCGUAAAUAAAAAGCAAAAUUAACGACGAACGUAUAAACUUUUAUAUUUUGUAAUGGGAGCUAAAUCAAGUACCGUCGCUCAGUCAACGAGCGGCAAUGGCCAAUCCUCCAAUGGCUCCAACGAAACAACAAUGCAGGGUUUUUCCAUUCUUCGCUCUUUGCCAGGAGGCGUAGGUAUGCUCCAGCAUCAACAAAGCGGCCAGUCACAGUCAUCUAGAUUACCUGGAGACAGUAGACAACGUGCUAGAUCAUUGAGCUCCGUUCCAGAUUUAUCCUCCGGCGAACAGGGUAGUUUAGCUAAUUCCGUAGGUGUUAACGUCGGACAAGCACUUGGUCUGGUUAAUCUCGACUCUGAUGAUGGUGACGAAGACAGUGGUAGAGUUUAUGCCGCUCAUAGCUUGCCUUCUCAUAUCUGGUCACUCAACGGUCUAAAAUGUCCGGUGUGCUCCAAAUUCAUCCUGGCGGAUGACAUUGAGUGUCACUUGGUCAUGUGCCUGACUAAACCUCGUCUAAGCUACAAUGAGGAUGUUUUAGCGGAUGAAAAAGGCGAAUGCGUCAUUUGCCUUGAAGAACUGCAACCCGGAGACGUGAUAGCUCGCUUACCUUGCCUGUGUAUAUAUCACAAAAACUGUAUCGACAAGUGGUUUCAAGUGAACCGCAGUUGUCCCGAGCAUCCAGGGGACUGAUUGCUGAGCGCCGAGCAAUAAUUCAUUGAGUAAAGUGGAUCAAAUUGUUGGCCCAGUGUGGGACACGAAUUAAAUCGAUGCGACUCAGAACGGUGCACGAAAGUAAGGACGGAGCGAGUUAUUGAAAAAAAGGAAUUAAAAAGCAACAAAAAAAAAAGAAAAAAAGGAGGAGAAGAAGAAGAAAAAGAAAACAAAACGAACACAGAUAUUAAGAAUGAAAAAAAAAAAAAACUGAAAACAGCAGAAAAAAGAAAACAAAAAAGAAAACUAGUCAAGGUGGCCGCUAGUCUGCGACGGUGGUUCGUACGGGUGUGGUGAUCGUUCGAGCGACCAACAAUCGAUCGGAUUGAUAAUAAACACGAUGCGAAGAGAAAGAAAAAGAAGAAUUUUUCGAAAAAAAUAUGUCGACAAAAAGAAACAAAGAAAAUAAUCAUGUGGACAAGUAUCCAACUUCAAUCCUUAAAACUCUACGUCUAAGAGAGGGACUUAUUAAAGAAAUUAAACAAAAAAAGAAACAAUACAAAUUCGAAAAAAAAAACGUAAGGCAACGUUAAAUACACGCGUACACAAUACACAGACACAGAUGAAGAAAUACAUCGCCUGAUGAUUGAGCGAUACAAAAAAAUGCUAUUAUCUAUACGUAUCUAUAAUUACUCUAUUAACGCUAUAUCGCUUACUAUCGAUUGUACCAUAUUUAUAAAUUUUACUUAGUUUUACAUCUCGAAGUCGAUUUAGCGGUUAAGCAAAUUGAUGAUCACAGUUAUUGUUAGUAUAUAUAUAUAUACAUCUAUCCAUAUAUAUAUAUACAUAUAUUAUUAUUAUUAUUAUUAUUUUUCUUCAUGGAAAAAAGGGAAAUUUUACAGUGGCCGAUGCUUAGUCGGAACGGACCUGCUUUACGAGCGGGAGAGCUCUACUUUAGAUAAGUUAGUUAUUAAUUUUAAUGAUUUUACAACCAAGACGAUGUAUUGUUUUUUGUUGUUUGUUGGACUCGGGCCGGGGUUUGGGGAGGGGGCGCGGGGGUUUAAAAGGGGGAAGGAUCGCAGCGCUAGAAAGGAUAUUUUUGAUACUUUCAUAAAUGGGUAAGCCAGGAUGUAUAUGAGAGUGAGAGAGAGAGAGAGAGAGAAAGAGAGAGAAAGAAAGAAGUGGAAAAUUCGGAGCAAAGGACUUGUCGUAAUGCUGUUGACGCUGUAGUUACAAUAAAGGUUCUAAUUUAACCUUCUUUAUUGAAAACACGAAAUAAAAUGAAUUUGUUUA